AUGAACGAUUUGGGUGUCGAUGAGGAGGAUGGGAUGAGGAGGAGCUUUACGCAGGCUGCUACCCCGAAGAACCAUAAAAGCUCUGACAUAGAUGCAGUAAUUAGUAAAUUUGUUUUGGCAGAAAAUGGCAGGGAAGGUCACGUAGAAGAUGAAUUUCCUGAAGUUAAAGUAGACUUUCAGGAGACAUUUUUGGGCCACACAAGUCCAAUCAGCCGAUGCCGCUUUUCUGCAUCUGGGAACAAUAUAGCCAGUGCUUCUCUGGAUGGCACAGUAAGGAUAUGGACGUAUGACUCUUCAACUCCAGCAUCAAGAAAUGCAACAAUUUAUUGUGGGGCAGAGAUCAUGUCACUUGACUGGGAGUCUAAGUCUGACCGCUUGCUUCUCAUAGGCACUGCUGAUGGAGGCAUUAAAGCAUGGAAUGUUGAUGCAAAGAGGGUUGUCUGUGAUCUGAGCACAACUGAAGCAUUUCCGAGUGUCUUGGAUCUGAAGUGCAGCCCUGUAGAGCCAAUUUUUGUUUCUGCGGCAGCAUCCAGAGGGCACGGCUCAAGUUAUAUUGACAAAUUGGGGUUUGCUUCGUUAACCGUAUGGAACAUGAAAAUGUGGAAGGCUGUGACAGUCCUUCCACUUGGUAAAGAUCCACCUGCAAUUACUUCCCUAUGCUUCAAUCACAAUGGGAAGAUUUUAGCAGCUUCUGCAACCGAUGGAAUGAUUCACAUGUUUGACAUGGCUGCUGGUUUGCAAAUUACUGGGUGGCCUGCACAUGAUUCUGCUAUAAACUCUAUUCUUUUUGGGCCUGAUGAGACAAGCAUUUUUAGCUUGGGUUCAGAUGGAAAGAUUUUCGAAUGGAGCUUGCAAAAUCAAGGUCACGUCCUUUGGUCAAGAAACUGUAGUAGGUUUUGUGAUCCUGAGAGCUCAAAAAUUUGCAGACAUGAAAUGGCUUUAAAUGCUAACGGGAGGAGACUAUUGGUGACAUCUGGUUCAGUAAGAGCACCCAUAUAUCAGGUUCGUGGUCAUAGAAAUGGGUUGAGAACUCUUCCACAUAGUGCUGCUAUAACAACUGUUGAUUGGCAUCCUACUUUGCCCAUUUUCGUGACUCGAUCAGCUGAUAACUCGGUUCGAGUAACGUCUAUUUUAUAA